AUGACCAGACUCUCCAGCUCGUUUAUCAUCACUCUGAUCGGCGCCCUUGCGUCCGUACCCGCCUUUGCCUUUGCCACACAGGUCGACGCGGUUCGAGCACGAGCAUUGAACCCCGCGUUUGGUCAACCCGGCUCUAAGAUUUGUGUCGCGUGGUCCGAAGGCAAUGACCCGUCUCUCGCUAAUCUCAAGACGUCCCACGUCAUCGGCUUGUACGAUUACGGCGUGGACAAGCCCACCGCCUCGGAUAGCCUCGGCUUUGACUUCUGGCCAAUGCUGUGGGGUGGUGACGCAAGUAGGCUCGCCGCAUUUGACAGCGCGGUCACGGCCGGGCUAGGCACCAUCAUCCUUGGCUUUAACGAGCCGAAUGAGAUUGGCCAAUCCAACCUUGACCCCGGUACCGCCGCUGCGUUAUGGAGGCAGCACAUCGAGCCCAAGAGGGCGCUUGGGUACCAGACCGCCGCUCCGGCGGUGUCGAUUGCAAGCAAUGGCAUUCCCUGGUUGCGGUCGUUCAUACAGGCGUGCAGUGGCUGCAACUUCGAUUACGUAGCUGUCCACUGGUACGGCGUCGGGUUCAGCAACAUGGUGCAAUACCUCACCACUUUCCACGACACGUUCGGAUUGCCGAUACUCCUGACUGAGUUCGCUGAAGAGAACUUAAAUGGAGGUACACAACCUACGUCUGCGGAUGUGAUGGCUUUUAUGAAACAAGCCCUGCCGUUCUUCGACGAAACAUCUUGGAUUAUCGCAGCUUGUCCGUUCGGGUUCGUCAGCGGUCUCAAGGGUUCCCAGUCCCCGAUCGCGCUCCAGAACGCAGAUGGCACCCCCAACGCGCUCGGGAGUCUUGUCAUUAACGACGGCCAGUGA